AUGCGCAGCCGCAGCGGCACGAUGCGGGAGGGGAGCGCGGAGAACAGAACGGGCGGCGAGUCCCCGCUGCGCCUCUUCCCCGCACCAGUGCUCACAGGCAUCACCGUCGCCUGCGUCCUCCUCUUCGUCGUCGGUGUCCUCGGCAAUAUGAUGACCAUGCUGGUGGUGUCACGGUUCCGGGACAUGAGGACCACCACCAACUUCUACCUGUCCAGCAUGGCCUUCUCCGACCUGCUCAUCUUCCUCUGCAUGCCCCUGGACCUCUUCCGCCUUUGGCAGUACCGGCCCUGGAACUUUGGAGAUCUCCUGUGCAAGCUCUUCCAGUUCAUCAGCGAGAGCUGCACCUACUCCACCAUCCUCAACAUCACCGCACUCAGCGUGGAGCGGUACGUUGCCAUCUGCUUCCCUUUGCGAGCGAAGGUGAUCAUCACCAAGAGGAAGGUCAAGCUGGUCAUCCUCAUCCUCUGGGCCAUCUCCUUCAUUAGUGCUGGCCCCAUCUUCGUCCUGGUGGGCGUCGAGCACGAGAACGGCACCAACCCGCUGAGCACCAACGAGUGCCGUGCCACAGAGUACGCCAUCCGCUCGGGGCUGCUCACCAUCAUGGUGUGGAUCUCCAGCAUCUUCUUUUUCUUGCCUGUCUUCUGCCUCACGGUGCUGUACAGCCUCAUCGGGAGGAAGCUCUGGAGGAGGAAGAGGAAGAACAUCGGUCCGAGCACUGUCAUCAGGGACAAGAAUAACAAGCAGACUGUGAAGAUGCUAGGUAUGGCUCCCUGGGCUCUAUGUUUGCAAGUGUGUGUGCUUGUGUGUGUGCAAGAGAGGGGGGCCGAGCAGUGCCAGAUCACUGUCAUUGCUUCUAAAGGAAAGCAUCAUUUUAGAACCUUUCCUACAAAGGGCUCCGCUUUAAGGUAA